AUGAAGGCAUUCCAAUAUGAACGACCUGCCGUGGGUGUUAAGAUGAAAGACGUGCCAGUACCAGAGCCAACCGAUGGUCAGGUUCUUAUUGCGGUGGAAGCUGCAGGACUAUGCCAUUCGGAUUGUACAAUAAUGAACGGGAAGGGCAACUGGGUAGCGAAAAGUCCGAUCACGUUGGGCCACGAGGUUGCUGGCAAGAUCGUUAGAACUGGACCUGGAGUGUCAAAAUUUCAAGUCGGAGAUGAAGUUGCUAUUGCCUUACUCAGCCAUCCUCUGGAGAAAGCGUCGUGGGCAACUGCUGUCGGAUUGGGAUACGAUGGUGGAUAUGCGGAAUACGCGAUCGCUUACGUGGACAGCCUAGUUAAGAUCCCUGAUGGUGUGACCUUUGCUCAAGCUGCAGUGGCUACGGAUUCUAUCUCGACCGCUUACCAUGCUGUUGUGGCCGAAGGCGGCGUUACAGACUCUACGACGGUUGGAAUUGUCGGGUUGGGCGGCCUUGGGCUUAAUGGUGUCACUAUCGCAGGUCUCCAAGGGGCUACCGUAUAUGGAUUUGACAUUGCAACCGAGAAAUUCGAAAAUGCAGUCCUGAAUGGUGCCACUAAGUGCUUCUCUAGCCUCAGCGAGGCUUCCGAUAUUACAUUCGACGUCAUCCUUGACUUUGCCGGCGUGGGUUCGACAACGGCGGCCGCUGUAAGUAGAGUGAAGCCGGGUGGUACUGUGGUUCUGGUAGGCCUUGGAGCCGCAGAGGCGACUAUCUCAACGCAUGACCUGGUUACACGAAGCAUCAAGAUAAGAGGCUCCAUUGGGGCCAGCCUGCAGGAAUUUCAAACUGUGUUGGAUCUAAUCGCUCAGGGCAAGAUCUCCCCUUUUCUUCAGGAAAUACCGUUUUCCGAGGUCGGAGAAGGACUCGAACGACUUGACCGCAACGAAGUCCUUGGGCGUCUGUUUACCCGGCCUAGAAAGAGCUAA